GCUCUCCGACGUGGUCCCAUUGACAAAGGAGGCCGUCGCCUUCGCUGGUCUCGCUCGUCCUUCCACACCUCCGUGGGCCCGACAACUCGAUCAUGGGGCACUUGAUAUGCUGCGGACGUCGUCGUAACACCAACGCGCCAUCCGCUUCAAGCGACGCAAACGAAGACGGUGUCGAGAGAUUCCGGCGAUUCUGGGACGACAAACUCAAGGAAGUUGCCGACUUGUUGUCGUUGGGACGGUCGUCCGAGACCGAAGCAUCGCGCAAUCCAUUCCACGUGACGUUGCAGCUGUACGCGCACAAGGACGUGGUGGAUCAACUCUUUGUCUGCUACGACGAGCACCCGGACGAGGUCGAAUUCUACAUCCCCCAACUCUGCACGUUCCUCCUGCAUGGCCAGUACGACAAGAACCCGGCGCUGGAGUUUUUUCUCUUGUCGCAAUGCCGCCGGUCGCUUCAAUUUGCCCAUCGAUUGCAUUGGUUUCUCGACUCGUUUUGUACACGCGGGACGACGUAUCAGUCGGAAGGGCUGAGUGCCACCGUGAACACCCCGUCUGCAGAAGACGGACACCUCUUGCAUGAGAUUGCCCGGCAGGGCGGCGUACCUGCCAAGCUCUUUAGCAUGGGCCUCACCGAAGCUGAGUGCGCCGUGUCCAAGGAACUGAUGGCGACGCGACUCAUGGCGUUGCAAGUCGCGGAAACCAGCAUGGACAGCCCCGACCACUUGGCCUUGUUUCAAGCCACUCCCAGGUUUCUGCGGUCGCUCACCGACCUGGCCGACCGGCUCAUUCCGCUUCCCAUCGCCGACCGCAAGCUCCAUCUUCGCCAUGGCCUGGCCGAGAUCGAAGCCACGUUCUUCCCGACGGCGUCCACCAUCUACCUUCCCAUUGGUGACACGAUGCAUCGCGUGAAGCGCGUCGUGAUCGACGAGUGCUUUCCGUUUUCGACCAAGGAACGCGUGCCGUACCUUGUGUGCGUCGAGGUUGUGGACUUUGCCGUGCCGGGCCGCGCGCGGCGCGGCUCGUCGUUGGGACCGGCCAAAUCGUACACGAUGAAGCUUCCAUUCAACCACCGAGUGACUGUCGCCAUGUCGUCGUCGGAUGACCUUGCGUUUCCAGUGGCUGAACCAGCAUCGAACGACGGCGCCGCAUCCGCUGCACAACCUGCCACGUCGACGGCAGCCGACGCAACGCGUCCCGCGAUGGUCGAUGUCCAGCCGCGCCCGCGGCAGCUCGACAACGAUGGCAGCACCAAGACAUUUGUGGUCGAGUCGUUCAACAAGAGCUUCACCUUGAGCUUUCGCCAUGGCGAAGAGGACGAUGGCGAGGACGAGGCUGGGACAGGGCCGGACGAGCGCGACGACGACAAGGUCCAAGUGAUGGGGCAGUGGGCGAAACGACCCCACCGGAAGAACAAGCAAGACGGACAAACACGCAUGGUCGAACUGAAGCACCAAGUGCGGUCCAUGGACGACGACGUUCCGCUGCGCCACGGCAUGGACGGCGACAACUUGUCCAGUGCGAGCGGGAGUCCGUCGGUGUGGUCCGACGCGGACGACGGCGCGGCGGGCGGGCUGCCGUCCACGAGGAUAUUCCACACGGCCGUCGAGCCAGACAAGUCGCCGACAAACUCGGCCCCCGCCAAGCCUGUGAUUGCGUUUCGCGAGCGAUGGAGUGACAAAGAGCGUCGGUUGCGCCAGACGUCUCCGUUUGGAAUGCAACCGGGGUGGCGCCUCGUUCCGAUCAUCGUCAAGUCCCACGACGACCUCCGGCAAGAACAAUUUGCAGCACAGAUCAUUGCCCAGUGCCACAGGAUUUUCGUCGACGCGGCGUUGCCGCUCGCGUUGCGGCCGUAUGCCGUCCUCGCCACGACGGGCACUUGUGGACUUAUUGAAGCCGUCCCCGACACUGUAUCCCUCGACUCGCUCAAGAAGAACGACCCGGACUACAAGUCCCUCCUGGACUUUUACGAGCGGUACUUUGGGUCGCGGUCCGGGUCGCGGUUCAAGCGCGCCCGCGUCCACUUUGUGCAGAGUCUAGCGGCGUACUCGAUCUUGUGCUUUGUGUUUCAAAUCAAGGACCGGCACAACGGCAACAUUCUCGUCGACGCGGACGGGUACAUCAUCCACAUUGACUUUGGAUUUCUCUUUACCAACAGCCCGGGUGGAAACAUCGGGUUCGAGUCGGCGCCGUUCAAGCUCACGGACGAAUUUGUCGAGCUCCUGGACGGCCCCCGCAGCAAACUCUUUCGCGAAUUCCGGUCGCUGUGCGUGAAAGCGUACUGGGCGCUCCAUCAAAACAUGGACAAGCUGCUCCUCCUCGUCGAAAUGAUGCUCGUAAAUGACCAGCCCGAGCUCCGACUGCCGUGCUUUUCCCGCGGAAAAAAAGCCACGAUGGACGAACUGCGCCAACGCCUCAACCCGGGCUUGGGCAAAGUGGCGUGCCAGGAGUUUGUAAACGACUUGAUCGACCAGUCCUUGGACAACUGGCGGACGCGGUGGUACGACAAGUAUCAGUACUGCUGCAUGGGGAUUCUGUAACGGCGACCACGAGCCGCAACCAUGCGCGCAUGUGCCCGGGACCGUCAUGAAGUGGCAUGAUGCAGCCGGGCUAGAAGACAACGCGACAUGGGCUGUGUAACUAAGUAAUGGAAAACCACACAGUGACGCGA